UUCAUAACUUCCUAGUUAAGUUUGUGAAACUGUGAACACAGAGAAAACAGUCGGUCACCGGCGCAUCGAACGGGGAGUUGGGUUUGGUCUGGUUUUUAUUUCGUCCCACACUGACCUCAGCAACCGAACCGAUCUAUUGCAGCCACGGCCAUGGAUUCAUCAAACCUCACCUCGCUUCCGGAGGACCCACUCGAAGACAAUCAACAGCAAACUCCACCCCAACCCCGACCUCUCCCUGCCUUUGCCUCACCUCGUCCCGAUCGCCCUCCCACUCAGACUAGUUCAGAAAAGUACUCAGCUUUGGAUUGGACGGAGUAUUUCGACAAAGAGGAUGAUAUCAGCAUUCCGGAAUCCAAUGAUAUUUUUCAUUUAUACACGGCAGGAACUGAUGGACCAGUUGUAUUCUGUCUACAUGGAGGUGGUUACUCAGGGCUCUCAUUUGCCUUGUCAGCAAGUAAAAUUAAGGAGAAAGCUCGGGUAGUUGCCAUGGACUUGAGAGGACAUGGAAAAUCAACCACUGCAAAUGAUACCGAUCUUUCCAUUGAGACUAUGUGCAAUGAUGUUCUGGCUGUUGUGACAGCAAUGUAUGGAGAUUCCCCGCCUGCAAUUGUGCUUGUUGGCCACAGUAUGGGAGGGUCAAUUGCUGUACAUGUCGCCGCAAAGAAAGCAUUAUCUAGCUUGGCUGGGCUGGUUGUUGUUGAUGUUGUAGAGGGAACAGCUUUGGCUUCGUUGGUUCAUAUGCAGAAAAUCCUAUCAAGCCGGGUACAACGUUUUUCAAGCAUUGAAAAAGCGAUUGAAUUGAGUGUGAGGGGAGGUUCUUUAAGAAACAUUGAGUCUGCUCGGGUGUCAAUACCUUCCACAUUAAAGUAUGAUGAUUCAAAGAAAUGUUACAUUUAUAGAGCACGACUUGAAGAAACAGAACAAUAUUGGAAAAGCUGGUAUGAAGGCCUUUCAGAAAAGUUUUUGUCAUCACCCGUUCCAAAGGUCCUGCUGUUAGCUGGAACAGACCGACUAGACAGAGCUCUCACAAUUGGUCAAAUGCAAGGCAAGUUCCAAAUGGUUGUCGUCAGACAUACCGGGCAUGCCAUACAAGAAGAUGUACCUGAUGAAUUUGCAACACUAGUAACUAAUUUUGUAUCUCGUAAUCGCAUAGGCCCUCGUGGAGUUGAGAUUCCAGGACUCCGUCGGCCAUCUCAGUCCAAACCUUGAAUCAAAUGCAAUUUUCUAGCACAGAUUUGGACUUGUUGCUACACACAAUGCGGCAGUUAUCAUCAUUAAACUGGCAUUUUCGCCAAAUUCACAAAAUCUAGUCACAACCGUCUUAAUUGAAUUGAAUAUGUUGUGUUUGCCAAUUACAGCAAUUACAGCAACCCCUUCCUAUAAAAACAAAAGCAAGCUCGACAUUGCAAACAAGAAUUGCAGACAUUGAACGUCCAUUUUAAA